AUGCUGCAGCGCGAAGAGUUGAUCGCUAGGACCCAGGAGCAGCUGGGAGGCGGCUCUGCGGGGAGCCAUCGCUGGCAGGAAGUGACUGGCAGCCGCUGCGGUGACUCUAGCUCCCAGGAUCCUGGCGAGAUCCCCGAGCCCCGGCGGCUGGUGCUGGGAGCCCGGAGCCCUGGCUGCAGCCGGGAGAGGGGAAUCUCCAGAUUCUCCUUUCCCAAACCUGAGCUGAUCGUCCGGCUGGAACGAGGGGAAGAGCUGUGGGUGCCCGAUCUCCGGGACUACAAGGAAAGAAGGCUUCCGAGAUGCACCCGUAGAGCAGGUGCUGAGCGAGGGAGUGAGAAUCAGCAGGGGAAUCAUCAUGAGGAAGUUCCCGGGGAAGUGGAACUGCAGGGGACCUUUGUGGGAAGAGGUGAAGGGAAUUUUUCUCAGUGCUUGGAGCAGGAAGAGGCCUGGGGAAACUGGCACAGGUCAGAGAGUCUUCUAGAAAACGAUCCAGGGAAGAGAGUGGAUGAAUCUAUUAACGGCGGGGAAGGAGACAAGGAUCCCAGAGCACAUCAGACAAAUUCCAAGGAAGAGACACCCAGGCACUACCCUCAGUGUGGGAAAGAAUUCAUUGUGACAUCACAGCUUGUGACACAUCAGACAAUCUGUGCUGGAGAGAAACCCUUUCAAUGCUUGGACGAUGGGGAAAGCUUCAAUAAGCUCUCAGAUCUUAAUAACCAUGGAAGCAGCCACACUGGAGAGAAAACCUGUCAAUUCCUCGAAUGGGGGAAAUGUUUCAUUUCGAAGACACACAUAAUUAGACAUCAGGCAAUCCACACAGGAGAGAGACCCCACAAGUGCUUGGACUGUGGGAAAAGUUUCAUAAGAAGGUCACACCUAGUUCGUCAUCAGGCAAUCCACACAGGAGAAAGACCCCACAAGUGCUUGGACUGUGGGAAAAGUUUCAUAAGAAGGUCACACCUUGUUAAACAUCAGGCAUUCCACACAGGAGUGAGACCCCAUAAGUGCUUGGACUGUGGGAAAAGUUUCAUACAAAGGUCAGACAUUGUUCAACAUCAGGAAAUCCACACAGGAAAAAGACCCCACAAGUGCUUGGACUGUGGGAAAAGUUUCAUAAGAAAAUCAAACCUUGCUAAUCAUCAGGCACUCCACACAGGAGAGAGACCCCAUAAAUGCUUGGACUGUGGGAAAAGUUUCAUACAAAGGUCAGACCUUGUUCAACAUCAGGCAAUCCACACAGGAGAAAGACCCCACAAGUGCUUGGACUGUGGGAAAAGUUUCAUACAGAGGUCACACCUAGUUCGCCAUCAGGCAUUACACACAGGAGAGCGACCCCACAGGUGCUUGGACUGUGGGAAAAGUUUCAUAAGAAGGUCAAACCUUGUUCAACAUCAGGCAAUCCACACAGGAGAGAGACCCCACAAGUGCUUGGACUGUGGGAAAAGUUUCAUACAAAGGUCACACCUUUUUCAUCAUCAGGCAAUCCACACAGGAGAAAGACCUCACAAGUGCUUGGAUUGUGGGAAAAGUUUCGUACAGAGGUCACACCUAGUUCGCCAUCAGGCAUUACACACAGGAGAGCGACCCCACAGGUGCUUGGACUGUGGGAAAAGUUUCAUAAGAAGGUCGAACCUUGUUCAACAUCAGGCAAUCCACACAGCAGCGAGACCCCACAAGUGCUUGGACUGUGGGAAAAGUUUCAUAUGGAGGUCUGACCUCAUUAAACAUGGAAGAAUCCACACAGGAUCUAAACUUCUGUGA